AAGAAUCAUCUUUUCUAUCCAAAUCUUUUUCAGGUUAGCUGAGCUCCUUCCCAACCCAAACAGAAACAGCUUCAGUUCUUGUUAUAGUUGAUCCCCAAAGUUUUGUAUAUAAUGCAGUUGCAUAUAUGAUUGAGUAAUGGCAUUAGUGAUCCAACAAGUUCAGUGUUCAUAUACUCCUUUAAGGCCUAUAUCUUGGACUGGUAAGAUCGAGUCGAAGAAAUUUUUAGCAGCGUUUCCAAAGGUUGGAACAUAUGGUAUUUUAUAGAAUCACACAUCACUCUUAUGCAUAACACUUCCUCCACUUAUUCAUGUAUUAAAGCGGAAAUCACUAAGAAUGUUAUCCUUUAAAGCCGGUAUUCAAGAUAACAAAGAAAUAAUGUAUGAUGCACAAGAGUUGCAAAACAUUGAAUCCCCGGUUACAGUUGAAUCAAAUGGGACCAUAGCAGGCUCUGUAGCUGUGAAGAACCUAUUCAAAAGUUGGUUGACAUUGUUACGUAUGCCUUCACCCCAUCAACCAGCAGAAGGGAUGCUAGAGGGGCCAUUCUUGCACAAUAUAGUUGAAGCGGAGGACAGUGUUCAAGAUAGUGGAAGAGGUGAGAUAUUGAAAAUAGUUUGGUGCGACCUUUUGGGUUUGCAUUCAACGAUAAAGAUAACCGCGAUCAUUUUCAUACCCAUGUACCUGGCAGUUAGUAUGAAAUAUGGAGCAGAAGUUGUAAAGGAGCUGGCUCCUUUGUGGACCGGUGGACCUCUGAUCGUGGCUGCAUAUGCAACCAUGAUUCAGUUGAUAUCCUCGCUCUAUAUUUUUAGCUUCAGGCAAUCAGUUAAGCUACUAAAGAAGUCACCAAUGGUGUACGAUUAUGUUGCUGGUGGCAAGCUCAAUGACUUGAUGAUACCCGUGGCCCGUUUUUGGAGCUUAGGCAACAAAGAAAUGUCGAAAAGAAUGCUGAAAGAUUUUCAUCUAUGGGUGGUGGAUAUAUGUAUGGACUAUGUGGAAUCAAUAUGGCCUUCUUAUUGCAAGUUGAUCAGGUUUUUGAAGAGAGCAAAUUUCAUCUAGGUUCUUGUAUCACAUCUAUUAGAGUGGUUACAAACCGUAGGAUAAUUGUAGGCUCAAAUGUAAGAUUCUACUGUACCAUCUUUGAAAUUUCACAUUAUAUAAAUAUGUUCAAAUAUAGCUGUUACUCGGCAGUUUUA